AAAUUGUGAGAAACUUGCACGGAAAUUCUAGUUUCAGCCAUCUAAUAACACCAUCAAGAAGGUAAACACUUGAAAGCUUGUAUAUAUAAAGCAUUAGAGCUCAGACACUUCACCUCUAGCUAUAAGCCCAGGUCGUAAUAUUGCUGGUUCUUCAAAUUAUUGGCUUAAACAUUUAUGGCAAGUAAUCAAGGAGGAUCUUCUUCAAACUCUUCCAACUCCAAUUCAACCCAAAGAACUUGGAAGUAUGACAUCUUCUUGAGUUUUAGGGGUGAAGACACUCGUAAAGGCUUCACUGACCACUUGUACCAUGCACUAGAUAAGAGUGGGCUUAAGGUUUUCAGAGAUGAUGAAGAACUUGAGAGAGGAGAAGUCAUUUCCAAAGAACUCAAACAAGCAAUUGAGGAUUCUCUAUUUGCAAUUGUUGUUCUCUCAAAAAAUUAUGCCUCUUCUUCAUGGUGUUUAGAUGAGCUUAAACAUAUUCUUUACUCAAGAAACAAUUUGUCUCAACAAGUUUUCCCCAUAUUUUAUGAUGUAAAUCCAUCUGACGUACGGCAUCAAAGAGAAAGUUUUGCCGAAGCUUUUGCUAGGCAUCAAAUGCUUCAAAGGGACAAUGAGGUCAUGAAAUGUUGGAGAGAUUCUCUCAGGGAGGUUUCAGACUUAUCUGGUUGGGAUUGCAAUAAAUAUAGGUCUGAAGCAGAACUUGUUGACACAGUGGUUGAGGAGUUGUGGACCAAAUUACAUCCUAGACUACCACCUUAUACUGAAGGACUCAUUGGAAUUGACAAUAAAGUGGAACAACUAGAGCCACUGUUGGAGAUAGGUUCGAAUGAUGUUCGGUUUGUAGGAAUAUGGGGCUUAGGGGGUGUUGGGAAGACAACAAUUGCUUGGGUUGUUUUUGAGAAAUAUUGUAGCCAAUUUGAUAUUAGUUGCUUUCUUCACAAUGUUAGGGUAGCUUCCAAAAGAGAUGGUGGCGAGGUUCAGUUACAAAGUCAAUUUCUUUCAAAACUCAAAAGAAGAAACAUGAAAAUUGAAAACAGCUAUGAAGGGAAGAAAAUAAUCCAAAACCGUUGUUGCAAUAAAAAGGUUUUACUUAUCCUUGAUGACGUUAGCCAUACAACCCAUUUAGAAAAUUUGGCUAAUAGCCCAAACUGGUUUGGUGCUGGGAGUAGAGUGAUCAUAACAACUAGGCAUUUAGACUUGUUACGUGGAGCGCGUGUAGCAUAUCAACACGAGGUUAAAACUAUGAACCCAAAUGAAGCCCUUCAACUCUUUUGUCAGAAAGCAUUUGGAAGAAGUGAGCCUCAGGAGGAUUUGUUGGAGCUGUCUAAAAUUGUUUGUGAUUAUGCAGGAGGCCUUCCUUUAGCUCUCUCUGUUUUGGGCUCUUUUUUUUGUGGAAAAAGUAUUGUGCAAUGGGAAGAUGCUUUGGAUAUGUUGAGGAAAGAUGCCUUGGGAAUGUUGAGGAAAGAUCCCCAUGAAGAUAUUUUUGGGAUACUUAAAAUAAGUUUUGAUGCAUUAACUGAUAUAGAACAAGCAAUAUUUUUAGAUAUUGCUUGCUUCUUCAAUGGUUGGAGCAAAAACAAAAUAACAAAAAUAUUAGAAAAUUGUGGUUUUAAUGGAAAAAUUGGAAUAACAACUCUCCAAGAAAAAUCUAUGCUGAAGGAAUAUGGCAGUACUUUAGUGAUGCAUGAUUUGGUGGAACAAAUGGGUAGGAAAAUUGUUGUGGAUAAGUCUUCUAAUUAUGUUGGAAACCGUAGUAGAUUGUGGACUAAUGAAGACAUUGAUAAAGUUAUGGAAAACAAUUUAGGUACAAAUGAAAUACAAGGUAUGGUUUCAUCCACAUCUUGUGACACAUUUUGGGAUUUUGAACCAUUUUCAACAUUGCAUAAUGUUGUUUACCAAGGCACAAAAGAAAUAAAAGGUAUGGCCUCAUCCACAUCUUAUAAGGCAUUUUGGGAUCCUGAAGCAUUUUCAACAUUGCACAACCUCAGAUUACUGAUGAUAUCAAGUGAUUUUCAUCUCCCUAAUGGCCUCAAAUGUCUUUCUCAUGCUUUGAAAGUACUUUAUUGGACAAAAUAUCCUCUAAACACUCUUUCUUCUGGAACCCGAUUGCAUGAACUUGUUGAUCUUAGAAUGAAUCAUAGCAAAUUAAAGAAACUUAGCCUGUGCUCAAAGAAUUUGAAGAUUUUGGACUUGCGUUAUUCCAAAAACUUGAUUGAAACUCCUGAUUUUUUGGAAAUUCCAAACCUGGAAAGAUUGGAACUCGAAGGUUGUGAAGAACUUGUUGACCUUCAUGCUUCGAUCGGACAACUCAAAAAGUUGCAAAAAUCUUAG